AUGAAGUUCUUCUACCAGGUCGUGACGACCCCCACGGCCGAUACGCCGGGCACGACGGUCCUACUUCAAUUUCCCGAAAAGCGUUAUUUCUUCGGACAGAUUUCUGAGGGCACCCAGCGGGCGUGCACGGAACGUGGGGUCAGAUUCACUUAUCUCACCGAUGUUUUUCUCUCGGGUCGAAUGGAAUGGAGCAAUAAUGGCGGCUUGGUUGGCGUGAUUCUUACACUGGCUGAUGGGCUUGCCAGUAUUAACAAUGCCCAGGAGGCGACUGCUCGUGAAAAGGAGGCCCGCCUACAAAAGUCUGGUCAAAAGCCUGCAGCCAAGUCCAAGUUGCAGCACGGUAAGCCCAUUGCCAUUCAGGGCGGAGAGGCCGUCCCACAACGGGGCACCUUGACGAUCCAUGGGGGUAAGAAUCUGGCGCACACCUUGGCCACUGCGCGGAGGUUUGUUUUCCGGAGGGGUAUGCCGGUUUUCACACGGGAAUACGACAGCGAGAGCAUGGCCAAGAAAGCGUCCGUGGAAGCGGAUGAUCCCUUCAAACAGCCCACGUGGUCCGAUGAUAAUAUCAAGGUAUGGGCUAUGCCUAUCAGCCCUCCCACAUCUUGGCGGCCCAAGGGCGUACCCCGUGCUGCCCCUCAAAGCCCGAGAAAGAGGAGCCUUGAUGAGUUCAGAGAGGAUGUCUCUCAGGAGACCCUCGACCCACACACUCGAGAUCAGUUUAUCAGACAGUCGAUUAUUACCGACAUGUUCAAUUCCAACUGGAAAUUAGAUGCUCUAGUUGAAACCCCUCUGGCAGAAGUGAAGAUGCCCGCAGUCAUGUUUGUCCGCAAUCCUGAGACCAGGGCGCUUGAGCAAUACACAGGUCCCGCUCCGGGCAGCCGUGAACCCUUGCCAGAUAUCAAAGUGCUGGUGCGCCAACCUUGGCCAGGUGCAGCCGUCGAGAAAAUUCCCUCCACAACCUGGUGCGAUGAGGCUAUGUCUUAUAUCGUACGAAACCACGACAUCAGAGGCAAAUUCGAUUCUAAGAGAGCGCUGGAGCUGAAAGUCCGUAAAGGCGCGGACUUUGGACGGCUAACAAAGGGUGAAAGUGUUACGUCAGAAGAUGGAAAGACUAUCACGCCGGAGAUGGUUCUGGGACCCCCACGACUUGGAAAAGGUCUAGCAAUCAUUGACCUGCCUACCCCAGAAUACGUCGAGAGCCUUGUCAGUAGGCCGGAAUGGAAGUCACCUUCUGUGACUACGAACCUCGAAGCAUUCAUUUGGAUUCUAGGCCCCGGGGUCGGAGAUCAUCCCCAACUCCGUGAGUUUGUUGCAAGUAUGCCCCAUUGCAAGCACACCGUGUCUAGUUCAGACUAUUGCCCAAACUACUUGGCUCUCCCAAGUAUUGCCGGGUCUUCUGUUCGUAUGGCGCAGCUGAGGAGCGAUAACUAUCCAGUACCAGUUCACGACAACGCGAGUCUUCCCCAGCUAGGAACGCCUACUCACGGCUCAGAGAUCACAGCGAGAAGCGUGCAGAAUUCGCCAUUUGAGGCUAUAGAACCUGGUCUCAUCAUUGACAUGGAACCCAAUUUCAACAUCAACCGUUCCGAGGUUGCUCCAAGAUUUAAUGCAAUCGAGGCAGUGCGGCAAAUGCCUGUAGCCGUUCAGAGGCGAAUGAGUACCAUCCACAAGCGCGUUAGAAAAGAGGAAUUUCAGGAAAAGUUACAAAAGUUCCGGAAGGACCUUCCAGGGGCCGAUGUGGAAAUCACCACUCUGGGCACCGGUUCAUCUGCCCCGUCCAAGUACCGUAAUGUGUCCAGCACGCUUGUCCAUGUUCCUAGCUAUGGCUAUUAUUUACUCGACUGUGGUGAAAACACACUUGGCCAGCUCAAGCGUGUCUUUGAGCCCGAAAAGUUGCGGGAGGUUCUACAGAACUUGCGGAUGAUCUGGAUUAGCCAUCUCCAUGCAGACCACCACCUUGGUACUGCGUCUGUUAUCAAGGCUUGGUUUCAGGAGAAUUAUCCGAAUGGGGAUUCGCGAACAAGCACUAUUGAGACAGAUAUGUCCAAAAUACUCAAGGAAAAGCGCUUGUUUCUCGUAUCUGACGAACACAUGGUGUCGUGGCUCGAAGAGUAUGCAAGCGCCGAGAACUUUGGCUUCGGGAAAUUAGUCCCCUUGUCCGCCUAUCCUGCGAUUCACAACAAGGCGCUCCGGACAAAGUUCGUGUACCGGCACUGCCGUGCGGACGGCUCUUUCCCCAACUACGAAUCGGAGACUGCAAAACCCCAGACUACAGAGCUUGCUUUCGACAACGAAUCAUCUCCGCUCACGCCAAUGCUCCGGGAAGCGACAGGGCUUUCCGAUAUCCUAACCACAAGGGUGUCACAUUGCCGCGGCGCCAUGGCGGUUUCACUGGUCUUCCCGGAUGGCUUCAAAGUUUCCUUCUCGGGCGACUGCCGGCCUUCAGCAAGCUUCGCACACAUUGGACAUGGAUCCACUGUUCUCAUCCAUGAAGCUACCUUCCAAGACAACAUGGGUGUGUCUGCGAUUGCCAAGAAGCACUCGACGACGUCCGAAGCCCUGGAGGUUGGCCGUAGAAUGGAAGCCCGUUCUAUCUUGCUCACGCACUUCAGUCAACGGUACCAGAAGAUCGCCCAUGUGGAGAAGAACCAAGGGGCCACACAGCGCGAAGAGGUCGUGGUUAAACCGGAACAGCCCGAUGUUCCAGACAACGAAGCAGAAGAGGCAUCCCAAACGCCAACCUCCCACGAUUGUCCUUCCAUGUGGGCCACGAUUAAGGUACAGGAAAAACCAGAGGUCAAGGUACCCAUCGUCGCCGCCUUCGACUACAUGCGCAUCCGCGUUGGCGAUAUGCCCAUCGCACAGGCGUAUGCACCAGCAGUCGAGAAACUCUUCGACAUCUUAGAACGCACCUCAGAAGAAGAGUCCGAGAAACACAGACAAGAAAAGGAGAAGCAGGAGGCUGCGAGAUUGCAAGAGAAGAUGAGAAGAAAGGCCAAGCAUGAGAAGAAGGCGAAGGCCGGUGUUGUUACCGAAGUGGAACCCACCCCUGCCCUCGCCGAAGAAAUGGACGUCGACAAGAAGUCCCCAGUCAAGCGUCAUUCGGCCUGGAGCGCCAGUGAGAGUGAAAGCGGCUGGAGCACUAGUGGCGAUGACAGCGAAAUCGAGGUCUCCAGGAGACCCAGCAGUCCGAAGAAGACCGAAAAAUCUUCUAUAUAA